UUAGUCAGGCUGUUGUGCUCCGAGGAGAGCGGAUCGUCGCGUUAUUUUGCAGUAACGGGAUCACUGCAAGAAGUUAAAGCUCUUUGAGAGCAAAAAUAUCCUCCUGGAGGGUCUGUACGUUUCAUUGUUCUUCUGCUGUUAUUCUGUAGAAGACGUAGAAUCUAGGCCAAUUCAACACGGCCUUUCGCUGGGCCUGCCACUGUCAGCUGAGAGGCCACCGGAGUCAAGCUGAACGCAUCCGAACGUGUAGUGACAAGAGAAAAACAACAUAAUGACUGAACACUGAAGAUGCAAGUGAUUAAGAAGGACACGUGACGUGAUCAGCGAAGACGCAGCAGGCAAAGCAAAGCCAAACCUAACAACAGUCACACUUGCACUCUGAGUCAGAUCGUCGUGUCUUCUUCUACUCUCAAGUCACGCGACGAGAAGGACAAGGAUUCGAUCCUUAAACCCUCUGGCAUUGAGGCGAGCCACCACCACCACCACCAGCAGCACUGUAGGAUGAAGAAGUCGUGUGGCUCCCUGCCUGUUGCAUGUCUGAGAAGGGGCGGCUCUCACAGGGAGGUGCUGCAGUAGCCAGCCACGGACUGGUCAGCGGUGAACGAGCCGGCCAAGGAUGGGGUCUAACGGUCGCGCCGGGGCCCGCGUGGUACACACCAGGAUGUCUGCCGUGUUCUUCCACCGGGGGAUCACUCGGCUCAGGGCGGAGGAGCUGCUGCUUCAGGCUGAGGAGGACGGGAGUUUUCUGGUCAGGGAUAGCGAGUCGGUCACGGGAGCCUAUGUGCUGUGUCUGCUACAUCAGCACAGAGUUCACCAGUAUCGGAUUCUGCCAGACAAAGAUGGCCGCAUUUCUGUACAGUCUGAGGGCGACAUGCAGCCCCCGAGCUACACAGACCUGCCCAGUCUGGUCACGUCGUACAUCAACAAGGGAGAGAAGAACGGCCUGGUGUGCGCGCUAAGGAAAGCCGUCAGCCCCGAGGGCUCGGAGGUGGCUGAGGCAGACUCAGAGGAUGACGACUUCGAUGAUGUCAAGCAGGCGGUGGAUGAUAAGAGCGGAGCUCCCAAGACCUUCAAGUUUGGUCUGCUCAACAACUUUGCCAGGCUGGACUUGUCCAGCUGUGACGGAGAGUUUGUGGACGCCAUGAAGGCGUACGUCGACCAAGGUCUGGAGAAGGACGCAGGGAUGGCGUCUGCCGCAGCGACUGGUGCGGGGGGUGGGGCCAGCUGUCCCAUGCCGGAGUUUCAGAAACUGGUGGCUGUGGCUGGGAAAGGCUUGCAGAGGGAGCUGGACGUGUUCCUCCUGAAGCUGUCCAUGUGCCAGGACAUGUUGUCCCAGGAGGACGACGACAAGCGACGGACACUGACCUCUAACCCCUUGGACAGGCUCGGUUCCUACAUUGACUUCAUGGCAGCCAAACUGGAGACAUGUCGCACCCAGAUUCUGGCUCUGGAGAAGAAGGCGCAAGAGGUGAUUUCAGAGAGUGGUGAGGCAAAGGACGAGGAGUAUGCUUAUCCCGACGUGGGUGACGCGUCCACUCUGGGCCCACAACCCUUCACACCACUUGCCCUUCGCAGGAGUAGCAGCAUCAGCAUCCCACUGUCCACGUUUGAGGUGAAAGUACUUAAGUAUGGCAAGACCAACUACCGGCUCAAACUGACUGUGGAUAUCCACCAGGGGCGGUUCUUUGCUGUCAAACCAUCAAAAGACCUACUGGAUUCCAGCAACACUUUUCCCCAUGACAAAAUUCUGCAGCUUGUGAAGAACACGACUGACAACAGCAGACUGCACCUGAUCUUUGACAACAAGAAGAAGUACACGUACCAGUUUGAGAACGCGCUGGCCCGGGAGAGUUUCUGCCUGCAGAUCCGUCAGAUGAAGUCUCUGCACUCCCAGGAGCAGGACGUGGACAACAUCUCAAUCUUCAUCGGCACCUGGAACAUGGGUAAAUCGGCCCCUGUGGAUACCCUCAAGUUCUGGCUCAAGUGUAACGGGGAGGGUCGGAGCAAAGACCGGACGCUGAGCCGCCUUCCGCACGACAUCUACGUGAUCGGGACACAGGAAAGUGCCAUGACAGAGAAGGACUGGAUCAACACCAUCAAAGCCGCGCUGAAAGCUUCUCUCAACCUGGAUGUGGACCUGUUGGAGUCAUGCUCCCUGUGGGGUUUGCGAACCCUUGUGUUCAUUAACCCGAGGCAUCGGAACAAAAUCAGCCACAUACAAAAGUCUUCUGUUCGGACUGGCAUUGCCAAUGCCUUAGGUAAUAAAGGUGCUGCAGCCAUCUCAUUCUUGUUGAGUGGGACAUCCUUCUGCUUCAUCAACGCUCACCUGGCCUCAGGAGAAGAGAGACUGGACAGGAGGAACGCAAACUUCCGGGACAUUCUGAAAAGUCUGAGCCUUGGCCCCAAGAACCUUGAGUGCUAUGACAUCACGCACAAGUUCCACCACGUGUUCUUCUUUGGGGACCUCAACUACCGCGUCACAGAGCCUGUGGAGCUGGUGCUGCGUCGCCUGGAGAGAAGGGAGUUCUCCGGCCUCUUGGAACAAGAUCAGUUGCGCCGAUGUCAGUUUGAGAAGAAAGCUUUCUUUGGCUUCAGUGAGUCUGAGAUCACCUUCAUGCCGACGUACCGGCUGGAGCGACACACGGCAGGGUACAAGUACGACUGGAAGAAGGUCAAGGCCACCACGGAACGCAUCAAUGUGCCAUCUUGGUGCGACCGUGUCCUGUGGCAUUCCUUUCCGGGAACGUUUAUAGAAAACACAGCUUAUGGAUGUGUGGAGAACAUGCUGAAUAGCGACCACCGUCCUGUGUUUGGUUCUUUCACUGUGGGCAUCGCGUCGCCUUUCAUCCAGAACCGGGCGUCGUUACAGGACAACUACAACGUGAAGUUUAUCUUCAAGACUAUAGAGGCUCAGAUCAAGACCAGCACCAAACAGUUCUACAUUCUCGAGUUUUCCUCUGCUUGUUUACCCGACAUCAUCUGCUGUGAGUCCAACAAACGCUUCGGGGACAGUCAGAAGGCAGGAUUUACCAACAACCCAAUCUGGACAGCUGAACAACUGCCACAGCUGCGUCCUCUGUUCGGAGACGUGGACUAUCUAGAAGACCAGCACCUACUCAUCGCCGUGAAGGGCUCCGGAGAGGACCACGAGUCAUACGGAGAGUGUGUGAUAUCUCUCAAAGACAUGUUUGGGGGUGAGCCGUGCUACUUUGAGGCCACGAUGACGCAUUAUGGAGAGGAGACGGGAAAGAUGAAGGGUGAGUGGUACAUCUCCCUGGGAGGAAUGCCUGGCCCCAGCUCUCGCUCCAGCAGAAAGACUUAUGAUUUUAUUGCCCUGGACACGGAGUAUCGUGACCCGGAGGAGUUCCUGUCCUUGUCUCCUCCCGUUGCCGAGCCGGGGCAGGCCAGCCCAUUCCUCCUCUCAGGGGACUCGGGAACCUUCCAGAACAAUCUGGCCACUCAGACAGGCGAAGACGAGCUCAAGAUCACCAUCCCGUCCCACUACGUGAACCACAACGUGAUAAAGAGAGCGCCGUCGGACCCUGUGCCGGAGUGUCCCAAGUUUGAGGACGGGGUAGAGCAGCCUCCGCCGAUACCAAACAAGCGCGGCAAAGCUCCGUUGAUGGGUCAGCUCAGUCUGCAGGUCAAGGCCACGCCGCAGGGUGCCAGCGGGGGUUCGGGUCUGGCGUCGAAGGAGUCUUCACGAAGCCCGGAGAUAUCCGGGAACUUCUCCCUGUCGCCUCCCACGACGGGCGGAGAGGUGUCGUUUGCCGGAGGAGGGGGAGCGGAUCGAAGCUCAGGAGGUAACCGAAGUCAUGGCCAGAAGUAUCCUAGCAACCACGUGUUUGGCCCGGCCUCUUCCUCCUCCUCCUCCUCCCCGGCUCUCUCUCAGCAGCACAAACUGGCCACAAAAGCCGACGGAGCUUCUCCUCCCUCCCCCGCCGCGGGGGUCAAGCAGAAAGGAAGACAGGGCGUCGCUCCUCAGGGCGCAGGGUUCAAAGCCGGAGCGGUGCGUGUGAUGGACGUGGACCCGCCAACCCCCCGCACUCCCCCACUCGUGUGGCAGGCCAGAGUGGAUCAGGACAGUUACCUGCCGGGCAUUCAGAAGCCCAAAGUGGUUCCGACUGCCCCUCCCAUGCCAGAGCAAGAGAUAUACCCCUCCAUCGCCAUACGUCCCUAUGAGGAGCUGAAAAAGCCGACCAACGUACAGGAAUGGCUCAUCGGACUGGGCUUGGCGGAGUACACGUCUUUAUUCCUGAGGAACGGAUAUGAUUCCAUGAGCUCGCUCUCAACACUGAACGCAGCUGGCAUUAUGAAAAUGGGCAUCCGCGACGGGGAGCACCACAUGCGCAUUCUGAACAGUGUCCGGGACAUGAAGGGGCGGUCCAUGUGACCAUGGCUUUGUUGAUAGGUCCGAGAGUACUGUGCAGCAUUCUGCUCUUGUGUUCAUGGGGAUCCGACAGCAUUAAGUGAAUGUGUAAAGACUAGCUCCCUCUUUCCUUCCCUCUGUUCCUCCCCCUCUCUCUCUCUCACCCAUCCUCCCCCUUUCUCUCUCUCACCCAUC